GGGAUUAUUUCAGUUGAAAAAAAAAAACACUUUUUAGCCUUUUACCUAUCUCAGUACCUCUACUUCCCAGUCUCCAUUGUGCUCCCGCCGCCCGACGGCGCCGUUGAACUGUUCUUCGCCGGUAAAAUGGAGGCAGUGGUAGUGGAUGCCGGCUCUAAGCUCCUCAAAGCCGGCUUUGCAAUUCCUGAUCAGGCUCCUUCCAUGAUAAUUCCGACACAAAUGAAACGGAUGCCUAUAGAUGCUUCAUUAGAUGAUCCUUCCUUGGUUGAAGAUAUAACGGUGGAUCCAAUUGUCCGAGGUUUUGUUAAAGAUUGGGAUGCCAUGGAAGAUUUAUUGCACCAUGUUCUUUAUACUGGCCUUGGGUGGGAAAUGGGCAAUGAAGGCCAAAUUUUAUUCACAGAUCCACUUUGCACUCCCAAGGCUGUUAGGGAACAGUUGGUGCAAUUGAUGUUUGAAACAUUUAACAUCUCUGGCUUUUAUGCUUCUGAGCAAGCAGUGUUGUCGCUUUAUGCAGUAGGGCGCAUCUCAGGCUGCACGGUUGAUAUUGGUCAUGGGAAGAUUG